AUGGAGCAAAAACAGAAGAGACCAUACCGAAAAGCCGGUCCAUUCCAUGUGGAAUUUCAUGGACUCCAAGGUUGCUUAAGAAGCGACAAAUCUCAAGUUAAUAUGAAAACAAUGCUAGUAUCUCAUGCAUUCGUUGAUCUCUGGCGAAUGAUCGAAGAGGAUAAAAGCUUUGACAAGGCUUUGUUUGACCAUCUCGAUGAGCCUGAGCGCGACUUUAUGAAAUACUGCUUAAACAAAUGCAAAAUUACUUCACGCGGGUUCGAAAGUGCGUAUAAUCAACUUUUGGAUGGUUUGGUCAAGCGUCUAAAGAUGCUCGAAGGUGCAAAAAACAUUGGUGAUGAUUCUCCACUGAUAAAAACGGAAAUGAAGUCAAUCCUUGACAAAUUAUACGAAAAAAAUGUAUUUUCGGCAUCGUACUACAGCCAAUUCAAGCGUCUGAUGAUGUAA